AUGGCACAGGCACUGUUGGUACCCCCAGGACCUGAAAGCUUCCGCCUUUUUACUAGAGAAUCUCUUGCUGCUAUCGAAAAACGUGCUGCAGAAGAGAAAGCCAAGAAACCCAAGAGAGAACAAGACAAUGAUGAUGAGAACGAACCAAAGCCAAACAGUGACUUGGAGGCUGGAAAGAAUCUUCCAUUCAUUUACGGAGACAUCCCUCCAGGGAUGGUGUCAGAGCCGCUGGAGGACUUGGACCCCUACUAUAUCAAUAAGAAAACUUUUAUAGUAUUGAAUAAAGGGAAGGCAAUUUUCCGAUUCAGUGCCACCUCUGCCUUGUAUAUUUUAACUCCACUAAACCCUAUUAGGAAAAUUGCUAUUAAGAUUUUGGUACAUUCUUUAUUCAGCAUGCUUAUCAUGUGCACUAUCUUGACCAACUGUGUAUUUAUGACCUUGAGUAAUCCUCCAGACUGGACAAAGAAUGUAGAGUACACAUUCACUGGAAUCUAUACCUUUGAGUCACUUAUAAAAAUCUUGGCAAGAGGAUUUUGCUUAGAAGAUUUUACAUUCCUUCGUGACCCAUGGAACUGGCUGGAUUUCAGUGUCAUAGUCAUGGCAUAUGUGACAGAGUUUGUGGACCUGGGCAAUGUCUCAGCGUUGAGAACCUUCAGAGUUCUCCGAGCAUUGAAAACAAUUUCAGUCAUUCCAGGUUUAAAGACCAUCGUGGGGGCCCUGAUCCAGUCUGUGAAGAAGCUUUCUGACGUCAUGAUCUUGACUGUGUUCUGUCUGAGCGUGUUUGCUCUAAUUGGUCUGCAGCUGUUCAUGGGCAACCUGCGGAAUAAAUGCUUACAAUGGCCCCCAAGCGAUUCUGCUUUUGAAACCAACACCACCUCUUUCUUUAAUGGCACAAUGAAUUCAAAUGGGACAUUUGUUAAUGUAACAAUGAGCACAUUUAACUGGAAGGAUUACAUUGAAGAUGACAGUCACUUUUAUGUUCUGGAUGGACAAAAUGACCCUUUACUAUGUGGAAAUGGAUCAGAUGCAGGCCAAUGUCCAGAAGGAUACAUUUGUGUGAAGGCUGGUCGAAACCCCAACUAUGGCUACACAAGCUUCGACACUUUUAGCUGGGCUUUCUUGUCUCUAUUUCGACUCAUGACUCAAGACUACUGGGAGAACCUUUAUCAGCUGACAUUACGUGCUGCUGGGAAAACAUACAUGAUAUUUUUUGUGCUGGUGAUUUUCUUGGGCUCGUUUUAUCUGGUGAAUUUGAUCCUGGCUGUGGUGGCCAUGGCCUAUGAGGAACAGAAUCAGGCAACGCUGGAAGAGGCGGAGCAGAAAGAGGCUGAAUUUCAGCAGAUGCUUGAACAGAUUAAAAAGCAACAGGAAGAAGCUCAGGCAGUUGCAGCAGCAUCAGCUGCUUCAAGAGAUUUCAGUGGAAUAGGUGGGCUAGGAGAGCUCUUGGAAAGUUCGUCAGAAGCAUCAAAAUUAAGCUCCAAAAGUGCCAAGGAGUGGAGGAACCGAAGAAAAAAAAGAAGACAGAGGGAGAAUCUUGAAGGAAACAACAAAGGAGAGGGAAACAGGUUUCCCAAGUCUGAAUCUGAGGACAGUGUCAAAAGAAGAAGUUUCCUUUUCUCCAUGGAUGGAAAUCGACUAACUAGCGACAAGAAAUUCUACUCCCCUCAUCAGUCUCUGUUAAGUAUCCGUGGUUCCCUGUUUUCCCCACGACGCAAUAGCAAAACAAGUAUUUUCAGCUUCAGAGGUCGGGCAAAGGAUAUCGGUUCUGAAAAUGACUUUGCUGAUGAUGAACACAGUACAUUUGAAGACAGCGAGAGCAGGAGAGACUCACUGUUUGUGCCGCACAGACACGGAGAGCGACGCAACAGUAACGUUAGUCAGGCCAGUAUGUCAUCCAGGAUGGUGCCAGGGCUUCCAGCCAAUGGGAAGAUGCACAGCACUGUGGAUUGCAAUGGUGUGGUUUCCUUGGUGGGUGGACCAUCAGCUCUAACCUCACCUACUGGACAUCGGCCAGAGGGUACCACCACUGAAACGGAAGUCAGAAAGAGAAGGCUAAGUUCUUACCAGAUUUCAAUGGAGAUGCUAGAAGAUUCCUCCGGAAGGCAAAGAGCCAUGAGCAUAGCCAGCAUCUUGACUAACACGAUGGAGGAACUUGAAGAAUCUAGGCAGAAAUGUCCGCCAUGCUGGUAUAGAUUUGCCAAUAUGUUCUUGAUCUGGGACUGCUGUGAUGCAUGGUUAAAAGUGAAGCAUCUUGUGAAUUUAAUUGUUAUGGAUCCAUUUGUUGAUCUUGCCAUCACUAUUUGCAUUGUCUUAAACACCCUCUUCAUGGCCAUGGAGCACUACCCAAUGACUGGUCAAUUCAGUAGUGUGUUGACUGUAGGAAACCUGGUCUUCACUGGGAUCUUCACAGCAGAAAUGGUCCUCAAGAUCAUCGCCAUGGAUCCAUAUUAUUAUUUCCAAGAGGGCUGGAAUAUCUUUGAUGGAAUUAUUGUCAGCCUUAGUUUGAUGGAGCUUGGCCUGGCAAAUGUGGAGGGACUGUCUGUACUGAGAUCAUUCAGACUGCUUCGAGUUUUCAAGUUGGCAAAAUCCUGGCCCACCCUGAAUAUGCUAAUUAAGAUCAUCGGUAAUUCAGUGGGAGCUCUGGGUAACCUCACCCUGGUGUUGGCCAUCAUCGUCUUCAUUUUUGCCGUGGUCGGCAUGCAGCUCUUUGGGAAGAGCUACAAAGAAUGUGUCUGCAAGAUUUCUAGUGAUUGUCAACUCCCUCGCUGGCACAUGAACGACUUCUUCCACUCCUUCCUGAUUGUGUUCCGGGUGCUAUGUGGAGAGUGGAUAGAGACCAUGUGGGACUGCAUGGAGGUCGCCGGUCAAACCAUGUGCCUUAUUGUCUUCAUGCUGGUCAUGGUCAUUGGAAACCUGGUGGUUCUGAACCUCUUUCUGGCCUUAUUGUUGAGUUCAUUUAGCUCAGACAAUCUUGCUGCUACUGAUGAUGAUAAUGAAAUGAACAAUCUCCAGAUUGCAGUAGGAAGGAUGCAAAAGGGAAUUGAUUAUGUGAAAAAUAAGAUACGGGAGUGUUUCCAAAACACCUUUUUCAGAAAGCCAAAAGUUAUAGAAAUCCAUGAAGGCAACAAAAUAGACAGCUGUGUGUCUAAUAAUACUGGAAUUGAAAUAAGCAAAGAGCUUAAUUAUCUUAAAGAUGGGAAUGGAACCACCAGUGGUGUAGGUACUGGAAGCAGUGCUGAAAAAUAUGUAAUUGAUGAAAAUGAUUAUAUGUCAUUCAUAAACAAUCCCAGCCUCACUGUAACAGUGCCAAUUGCUGUGGGAGAGUCUGACUUUGAAAAUUUAAAUACUGAGGAGUUCAGCAGUGAGUCAGAACUAGAAGAAAGCAAAGAGAAAUUAAAUGCAACCAGCUCAUCUGAAGGAAGUACAGUUGAUGUUGCUCCACCUCGAGAAGGUGAACAAGCUGAAAUUGAACCUGAGGAGGACCUUAAACCAGAAGCUUGUUUUACUGAAGGAUGUAUUAAAAAAUUUCCAUUCUGUCAAGUAAGUAUAGAAGAAGGCAAAGGAAAAAUCUGGUGGAAUCUUCGGAAAACCUGCUACAGCAUUGUUGAACACAACUGGUUUGAGACUUUCAUUGUCUUCAUGAUUCUUCUCAGCAGUGGCGCUUUGGCUUUUGAAGACAUAUACAUUGAACAGCGAAAGACUAUUAAAACCAUGCUAGAAUAUGCCGACAAGGUCUUCACUUACAUAUUCAUCCUGGAAAUGCUUCUCAAAUGGGUAGCUUAUGGAUUUCAGACAUAUUUCACUAAUGCCUGGUGCUGGCUAGAUUUCUUGAUCGUCGAUGUUUCUUUGGUUAGCUUGGUAGCCAAUGCUCUUGGCUACUCAGAACUUGGUGCCAUCAAAUCCCUACGGACAUUAAGAGCUUUAAGACCACUGAGAGCUUUAUCCCGGUUUGAAGGCAUGAGGGUCGUUGUGAAUGCUCUUGUUGGAGCAAUUCCCUCUAUCAUGAAUGUGCUGUUGGUUUGUCUCAUCUUCUGGCUGAUCUUUAGCAUUAUGGGUGUGAAUUUGUUUGCUGGCAAGUUCUACCACUGUGUAAACACUACAACGGGUAACAUGUUUGAUGUUAGUGAAGUUAACAAUUUGAGUGACUGUCAGGCUCUUGGCAAGAAAGCUCGGUGGAAAAAUGUGAAAGUAAAUUUUGAUAAUGUUGGCGCUGGCUAUCUUGCACUGCUUCAAGUGGCCACAUUUAAAGGCUGGAUGGACAUUAUGUAUGCAGCUGUUGAUUCACGAGAUGUUAAACUUCAGCCUGUAUAUGAAGAAAAUCUGUAUAUGUACUUAUACUUUGUCAUCUUUAUCAUCUUUGGGUCAUUCUUCACUCUGAAUCUAUUCAUUGGUGUCAUCAUAGAUAACUUCAACCAACAGAAAAAGAAGUUUGGAGGUCAAGACAUCUUUAUGACAGAGGAACAGAAAAAAUACUACAAUGCAAUGAAGAAACUUGGGUCUAAGAAACCUCAGAAACCCAUACCUCGGCCUGCAAACAAAUUCCAAGGAAUGGUCUUUGAUUUUGUCACCAGACAAGUUUUUGAUAUCAGUAUCAUGAUCCUUAUCUGUCUCAAUAUGGUCACUAUGAUGGUAGAAACUGAUGACCAGAGCAAAUAUAUGACUCUAGUUUUGUCCCGAAUCAACCUUGUGUUCAUUAUCCUGUUCACUGGAGAAUUUGUGCUGAAAUUGAUCUCCCUCAGAUACUACUACUUCACCAUAGGUUGGAACAUCUUUGAUUUUGUGGUAGUGAUUCUUUCCAUCGUAGGUAUGUUUCUGGCUGAGCUGAUAGAGAAAUAUUUUGUGUCCCCUACCUUGUUCCGAGUGAUCCGUCUUGCCAGGAUUGGCCGAAUCCUGCGUCUGAUCAAAGGGGCCAAGGGGAUCCGCACGCUGCUCUUUGCUUUGAUGAUGUCCCUUCCUGCGCUGUUUAACAUCGGCCUCCUGCUCUUCCUGGUCAUGUUCAUCUAUGCCAUCUUUGGAAUGUCCAACUUCGCCUAUGUUAAAAAGGAAGCUGGAAUUGACGACAUGUUCAACUUUGAGACCUUUGGCAACAGCAUGAUCUGCCUGUUCCAGAUUACCACCUCUGCUGGCUGGGAUGGAUUGCUAGCACCUAUCCUCAACAGUGCACCACCGGAUUGUGACCCUGACGCAAUUCACCCUGGCAGCUCAGUUAAGGGAGACUGUGGAAACCCAUCUGUUGGGAUUUUCUUUUUCGUCAGUUACAUCAUCAUAUCAUUUCUGGUCGUGGUGAACAUGUACAUUGCUGUCAUCCUGGAGAACUUCAGUGUUGCUACUGAAGAAAGCGCAGAGCCCCUGAGUGAGGACGACUUUGAGAUGUUCUACGAGGUUUGGGAGAAGUUUGACCCCGACGCCACCCAGUUCAUAGAGUUCUCCAAGCUCUCUGAUUUUGCAGCUGCCCUGGAUCCUCCUCUUCUCAUAGCAAAACCGAACAAAGUCCAGCUCAUUGCCAUGGACCUGCCCAUGGUCAGUGGGGACAGGAUCCACUGCCUUGACAUCUUAUUUGCCUUUACAAAGCGUGUUUUGGGUGAGAGUGGAGAGAUGGAUGCCCUUCGAAUUCAGAUGGAAGAUCGGUUCAUGGCAUCAAACCCCUCCAAAGUCUCCUAUGAGCCCAUUACAACCACUCUGAAACGCAAACAAGAGGAGGUGUCUGCUGCUAUCAUUCAGCGUAAUUUCAGGUGUUAUCUUUUAAAGCAAAGGUUAAAGAAGGUAGUAAAUGAGUAUAACAAAGAGGCAAUCAAAGGGAGGAUUGACUUACCUAUAAAAGAUGACAUGAUUAUUGACAAAUUAAAUGGGAACUCCACCCCAGAAAAAACAGAUGGAAGUUCCUCUACCACCUCUCCUCCUUCCUAUGAUAGUGUAACAAAGCCAGACAAAGAAAAAUUUGAGAAGGACAAACCAGAAAAAGAAAGCAAAGGGAAAGAGGUCAGGGAAAAUCAAAAGUAA